UACGCCAACAGAAACAGAAACAGAAACAGAAACAGAAAUGAGUGGUCUAGCUUACGCCUACGGCGCUAUAAUUUUAUGAUCUUUGUUCUGAACUUACUAUAGGCCACUCAUCAUCAAACGACGUUACACUGCAUUAGUACCGACUCGUACUCGAGCAUCUAGAACUUGCAAGUGCUACCCACACUACAGAAUUAACCCACCUGAUAUCUCAGAACAACCAACAAUCAUGCAAAUCACUGUGAAAGCAUUUACGAAGGACGAGAUCCGUCGGUUUGAUGUUCCGGAACCAGAGUGGGCGACUAUGAGGUCUAUGCAUAAGCAGAUACAAAAUAUCUUCCCAGCAUUGAAUGGAAGAAAUGAUUUUACCCUCUCCUGGAAAGAUGAGGAUGGAGAUAAAGUUAACUUCUCCAGUGAUGAAGAGCUGUGCAGUGCCAUGAAUUAUAUUCUACUCCAGCCAGAUAGCAAGCACCUGAUGCGUGUGUAUGUUAAAGUCCCUGAGGCCUACAAGCUACUAACCCUAACCCUAUCCGCUACAAGUGCAUGAUGUGCCCCGACUUUGACCUGUGCACGACCUGCGAGAAGAAGGGUCUCCAUAGAGAGCGCGCCGUCCGCAGCGCCCGCAACGCCAUCUGUGGCCACCCGGUACACUAAUAAUAGGAAUUUCAAAUGAAUUUUAUCCGGCCUAAAAGAGGUUCCGGACCAUCAGUGUCCGGAAAAUCGGUGGUGUACCUGUACAUGGUUUUUUCAAUUUAUACCGAUUUUUUGAACUGCCAGUUGCACCGGCUUAUAUUAUUCUAUAUGGAUUCAACUUGAUUAAUCAACCAUUCUGCAUGCUCGGAGUUAUCAGCUUCUCCUGUGAAUAUAUGUACAGACAGACGGUGUCUGAAACACCUGUCACCUGAGUUCCCUCGCCACACACUAUAGUUGUGCAAGCGAUUGUAGCGGGUGUGCUGAUUUAACAUAUUACGUACGUGAAAUGACAUCAGACAAUCCCAUUUCAUUGUUGAUUAACACAAUAGAAAACGGCCGAAACUGCUCUUUUAGAGACAAACAAGUAACAUUAGCUAGUACCAUAGAAAUACAUACACACAUAUACGUAUAUGUAUGUAUUUCUAUUAUUAUAAGUAUCUUAAUAUGAUAUAUAAUGUUAUAUCUCAUAUGUCGAUAUAUCGAUAUAUCGUUCUAUCCAUAUAUAUCUCAUCGUGUCAUGAUUGUUGCCAACACGAUCUAGGUCAACUCAGAGAAACGAGUGCUGCAGUGCAAGAAUAUCACGUCAUUGUGUAAAUUAAGCUGAGAGGGUCUAUGUCUCCCUGGGUACUGCCGGAACGUACCCUAGUAACUAUACCUUGCCUACCGUACC